CCCACCCAGGAGUGUUGGGGGGAGGGGGUGAUGCCCGGGACAUAAUCGCGCCUCGACUUUGUUUUCCCCAGGGUUGCUAGCCUCCUGACUCCUAAAAUGGAGCAAGAGUAUAUACCAAGCCCUGGGAAUAUAUCUGAGGCCCCUAGGAGACCCAUCCCAGAUGGUUCGGAGGACCUUGCGGGCACCCCCUACAAGUGUUCCACCUGCCGGAAGAGCUUCACAAAGACUUCUAAUCUUGUCCAGCAUGAGAAAAUUCACACGGGCGAGAAGCCUUACAAAUGCUCACACUGUGGCAAACGGUUCACUCGGAGCAACAACCUGGCGGAGCAUGAGAGAAUCCACACGGGAGAGAAACCUUACGAAUGCCUCGAGUGUGGAAAGACUUUUAAUCGCAGCUCGAUCCUGCUCAGACACCGGAGGAUUCACACGGGUGAGAAGCCUUACAAAUGCACCAAGUGUGGGAAGAGCUUUGACGAAAGCGCCCGGCUGCGGGUACACCAGAGGACUCACAUGACCGAAAUGGCCUACCUGAUCGACAGCAACGGGGAGGCCACCGCCAUUGGUGCCAAUGGCGUCGCUCAUAACUGCUCUGACUGCGGCAAAACGUUUAGCCUGCACUCCAAUCUCCUGAAACACCAAAGAAUUCAUACGGGGGAGAAGCCCUACAGGUGCAGCCAGUGCGGUAUCAACUUCAGCGAGGCCUCUAACCUGGUUCGGCACCAGCGGUAUCAUGCGCGGGACAAACCCUACCAGUGUCCGAUGUGCCAGAAACAAUUUGGCCAAAGUUCGCACCUCAUUCAGCACCAGAGAAUCCACACAGGGGAACGGCCUCACAAAUGCCCCGACUGUGGGAAGAGUUUCAUUGAGAACUCUACCCUGAAGAAGCACCAGAGAAUCCACACCGGCGAGAAACCCCACCAGUGCCUUGAAUGCGGGAAGAGCUUCAGUCUCAGCUCUCACCUUGUGACGCACCAGAGGAGCCACACGGGAGAGCGGCCCUACAAAUGCGAGGAUUGUGGCAAAGGGUUCACCGACACGUCUUCGCUCAUUAUUCACCGGAGGAGCCACACGGGGGAGAAACCCUACAAGUGUGACGUGUGUGGGAAAGCGUUUGUCCUCAGCUCUGUUUACCUCAACCACCACCGGACCCACACUGGAGAGAAACCUUUUGGGUGUCCCGACUGUGGCCGGGCCUUCCGCCAGUGGUCGCAGCUGGUCAUCCAUCGGAGACUCCACACAGGGGAACGCCCUUACAAAUGUCCCUACUGUGACAAGGGCUUCUGCGACAGCUCCACCUUGACCAAGCACAAGAGGACUCACACUGGAGAGAAACCCAAUACAUGUUCAGAGUGUGGUCUCAACUUUGGCUCUAGAACCCUGCUUUUAGAACACCAGAUGCUUCACGGGGAGGAGACGGCCUCCCUGAGCAUCCUCUAGGCUGCAAACAACCGAUUCAGUUUUUAUUAUACAUGCAGUAUUUCAUGAAUAGGGAAACAGUGAGGCUGCGACAUGGUGGGAAUGUGUAUGGAGCCAGCGUGGUGUAGUGGCCCAGAGUAGGUGCACUCUAAUCUGGAGAACUGGGUUUGAUUCCCCACUCCUCCUCCUGAGUGGUGAAGGUCUUAUCUGGUGAACCAGAUGUGUU